GUCGAUGACAGCACGAGCCUUCAAGGAGCAAAAUUCCAAACAAAGGCUGCCAAUAUUCGAUAUGGGUUUGUCUCAUUUCCUCUGUAAGUCCCAGGUGCAAGUGCCCAUGCUGCUGCUGUUUGCUGUGGAAUUAGAAAUCGGAUGAUCUCUUUGCCUGCGCUUUUGCUGUCUGUUGUGUCCUUGAAGCGGAAUGUACUAAGUGCCGGACGCCUCCUACUUCUACGUCUCCCUUACCAACAGAUCGCUUCCUUGCCCCUGAUCACCAUGGCCAAACGCAAGAGGUCAUCUAUAGCCAAUGUGCAGGGCAUAAUCCCUUCUCCCACGACGUUGCCGACGAAUGUGACUUCUGUAGCCUCUGGAAUGGUGCCCCCUACACCUGUUCGCCGAAUGAGCUCACGUCGAGCAUCCAACCAGGUCGCUCCAGCCCACAUCGACACGAAUCCCCUGACAAAUGAGUUGAUCAAGGAUGGCAAAGAUGCUCUCCGAGCAUCUCCAGACUCAGAGGAGCCAAGUCAAGGAAGAAGAAAGAAGACAAAGACUUCCCUGACGCAGGUUAAAACGGAGCUAGACGACACAGAAGUUGUGUCGUCGAAACCUGCCACACCUUCAAUGGAAGCCCCAAAACAGGAUGACAGCUUAAGCAGAGGGGAUCCAGAAGGCGAGGAAGAAGAUGAAGCAGAUCCUGAGGAACUCAAAGAAGCCAUUUCGCGACCGCCCCCUGUCAACAGUGGUUACCUGCCUCUACCAUGGAAAGGACGGUUAGGCUAUGCAUGCUUAAACACCUAUCUCCGAGCUUCCAAUCCUCCAGUCUUCUCAUCAAGAACAUGUCGCAUUGCAUCCAUUCUUGAACAUCGUCAUCCGCUAAAAGACCCUUCGCAACCGGAGCAUGCGACCAAGAAUCGGCCAGACAAAGAACAACCUGCAGACAUAGCCCGAGGUCAAGCCUAUGUGGAAGCCCUCGGUCUAGCUAAUGCCAAGGACAUCUCCAAAAUGCUUCGGUGGAACCACAAAUAUGGUAUUAAGUUUAUGCGAUUGUCGUCAGAAAUGUUCCCUUUUGCUAGCCACGAUGUCUACGGGUACAAACUCGCUCCAUUUGCCUCGGAAGCAUUAGCGGAAGCCGGUCGCGUGGCAGCCGAGCUAGGUCACCGUCUGACGACACACCCCGGCCAAUUCACUCAACUCGGCUCGCCUCGAAAAGAAGUCAUUACUGCAUCUUUCCGCGAUCUUGAGUACCACUGUGAGUUACUUGAUCUUCUCAAGUUGCCAGAACAACAAGACCGGGAUGCUGUAAUGAUUCUCCACAUGGGUGGGAUCUUCGGUGACAAAGGUGCCACCAUAGAGAGAUUCAAAGAGAACUACAAGAAGCUUCCGCAGAAGGUUAGGGGCCGUCUUGUUCUUGAGAAUGACGAUGUCUGCUAUAGCGUUCACGACCUGCUCCCGGUAUGCGAGGAGCUCAACAUUCCACUUGUUCUCGACUACCACCACCACAACAUCGUCUUCGAUGCAGACAAAAUCCGCGAAGGAACCUUGGACAUCAUGGACUUGUACCCUCGCAUCAAGGCGACCUGGACUCGAAAGGGUAUAACGCAGAAAAUGCACUAUUCGGAACCUACGCCGCCGGCGAUCACUGCUCGUCAACGCCGCAAACACAACCCGCGCGUCCUGACACUGCCCCCCUGUGAUCCUGAUAUGGACCUGAUGAUCGAAGCCAAGGACAAAGAACAGGCGGUGUUUGAACUCAUGCGGACAUUCAAGUUGCCGGGCUUUGACACGUUCAACGACAUCAUCCCACAUGUUCGCAAUGACGAGAACAAGCCUUGGAGACCACCAAAGAAGACCGCGAAGAAGACGCCAAAAAAGAAGAAAGCAAAGUCCGCAGAAGACCAAGUUGACGACGAUGAGCCUGAUGAUGCUGCAGAUGUUGAACCUGAACCACAGCCACCGCCAAUCGUUCCGGACGAAGAAGUCGGUAUGGGCGGACCAGAGGGUCGAGUGUACUGGCCGCCAGGCAUGGAGGAGUGGCUGCGUCCGAAGAAACGCGAAGUCAAGCCUCGCGACCCGGAAAAGGCCAAGACGACAGCAGAGCGAGCCGCGGCCCGCAGGGCGGAGAAGGCGGCGUGGCAGGCAACACAAGAGGCUGGAAAUGCCGCUGCUGCUGCUGCUGGUGGCAGUGCUUCAACAACCACGUCCCCGUCACAAGUCGCAAGUGGUGACACCGCGAGUUUCAAUCUCGAUCUUGGAAAGACGAAAUCUGUUUAUGACGUCGCAAAGGGCAAGAAACCGGCAAGGGCACCUCGUGCCGCUGCAGCUCCUGUUGGGAAGAUGCUGACAAAGAAGAGCGCCAAGUCGGUCCCCACGCCCACGCCCAGCGAGAGCGACUUGUCAGAGUUGAGCAACGAUGACGACGGCGGUGGAGGAAGCGAUGUCGACAUGCCUGAUUUGACUGAUGCCGAGGAAGCCGUUGUUGCUACGCCCGUGCUGAAGACUAAAAGGGCGGCUCCGACGCGCACGACGAGCAGGAGGAGCGCGAAGAGAAAGUAUGUGAACUAUGCCGAGGGGGAUGAUGAGGAAUGAAUGUAAUUCUAGAAAGAUAGAGGGCAUAAUAUAACUAGAAAUCAAGAGCAUCAUCUGCCUGAUCAUGCUCGAUUGACUGCCG